AUGGCGCCCAAAGAGCAAUGCUUCGUAGCACUCCCCGGCACGGGCGACGCCAAGCACAGCCCGAUCUACCGCAGGCCCACUUCUAAGGAUGCGUUCCCCACUUUGGAGGGCGUCACGACGCUCUAUGAGCUGUUCAGCCAGAGCGUUGAGAAGUUUGGUGAUCUUCCGGCCCUGGGCCGGAGGGUCGUCAAGGACGGCGUGGCUGGCGACUUCAAGUUCAUCACAUACAAGGAGGCCAGCGAGCUUGUCGCCCAGAUCGCGGGCGGCAUUGCCAAGCUGGGCCUCAAGCGCCAAGACCGCGUCGGCGUUUACGGCGCAAACUGCGAGGAGUGGAUGAUCGCGAUGCAGGCGCGUGUUUGGCGGGCGCCACUGGAUAUAGACGCCAGCGCCGCGGGGGCCAGGCCAGCGCCAGCGCCGCGGGCGGCAGGCGGGCGCCCGGGCGCCAGGUGA